CCGGUCUCACGUGGCGGCCUCGUCUUUGGCUCUUUCCCUCCCUCCCUCCCAACCCACUGCCUGUAAUCGGUAAUCAAAGGAUCGCCAUUCCUCCCUUCGAGUUGGAGUCGCAUCAGUCACUGCGAAAGAAAGAUGGACAGGUUGUGAUGCUUCAACCACUCCCGCUUCUCUCUCUUCCUUCCCCUCCCGAAAUGCCUAUCCUCACUCUGCCUUUCUCCACCGCCGUUGCCGCCGGCGGAACUCUGCGCCUCGCCGCUGAUACUGGAUUGAGUUUCAUCAAACACCCGUCCUUCUGCACCAGCGCCAAUCCCGCCGGUGGAGCUCUCAAUCAGGCGGGGCGCCGGUUAAAGCUUUCAAUUCCCUGUGUUUCCAGCCCUAGUGCCAACCAGCGUGUUCUUGAGGUGCUUUCUUCCCUUGUCCCCGCUCCUUCUUCAUUUCUUUCUCUGUAGUCUUGAUUUUUGCCAUCAUUAUUGUCGUUACUAUUGUGUGUGCUCAAGCCGAUGUUUCGAUUGUGUGUGUGGCAUUUUGUAGGAGCAAGUCGAGAAGAUGUCGGACACUACUCCAUCUUACAAGAUUUUCCCCGGUCAGCCAUUCCCAAUGGGCGUCUCCGAAGUUGACAAUGGGAUCAAUUUCGCCGUCUUUUCGCAGAACGCCACUGCUGUCACCCUUUGCUUGUCUCUUCCUCCCAGUGAGAGUCAUGAAAACGAAGAAAGCCGUACAAUUCAAAUGCAUCUGGAUCCUCGUCUAAAUAAAACAGGAGACAUUUGGCACAUAUGUAUCGAGGGUUUACCACGGAGCAAUGUGUGCUAUGGUUACCUAGUAGAUGGGCCUCGAGAUUGGUAUGAAGGCCAUCGAUUUGACAAUGCAAAAGUCCUCAUCGAUCCGUAUGCUAAGCUUGUGGAAGGUCGUCGGUAUUUUGGAGAUGCUAGCCAGAAAUUGUCAAACUUCUGGGGAACAUAUGAUUUUGAUACAUUGCCAUUUGACUGGGGGAACAAUUAUAAGCCUCCCAAUAUACCAGAGAAAGAUCUUGUUAUAUAUGAAAUGAAUGUUCGUGCAUUUACAGUUGAUGAAUCUAGUGGCCUGGAUACAAACAUACGGGGAAGCUACCUUGGUUUAAUUGAGAAGAUUCCUUACCUUCUUGAGCUUGGAGUAAAUGCUGUGGAGCUGCUUCCUGUGUUCGAAUUUGACGAGUUUGAGUUCCAGAGACGCCCAAAUCCAAGAGACCACAUGGUUAAUACAUGGGGUUACUCGACAAUCAAUUUCUUUGCUCCUAUGAGUCGCUAUGCUAGUGGAGGUGGAGGACCAUGUAGUGCAUCUCGGGAGUUCAAGGAAAUGGUUAAGGCAUUGCAUGAUGCUGGUAUUGAGGUCAUUUUGGAUGUUGUGUAUAACCAUACAAAUGAGGCUGAUGACGCACAUCCUUAUACCACUUCAUUUCGUGGCAUAGACAAUAAGGUAUAUUACAUGAUGGACUUGAAUAACAAAGGCCAAUUGCUGAACUUCUCUGGAUGUGGAAAUACGUUGAACUGUAAUCAUCCUGUGGUCAUGGAGCUCAUCUUGGAUAGCUUAAGACAUUGGGUAUCUGAAUAUCAUGUAGAUGGAUUCCGUUUCGAUCUUGCUAGUGUACUUUGCCGAGGAACAGAUGGUUCCCCCCUUAGUGCUCCUCCAGUUAUUAGGGCCAUUGCCAAAGAUGCUGUGCUAUCGAGGUGCAAAUUAAUUUCUGAGCCUUGGGAUUGUGGGGGUCUCUAUCUGGUUGGAAAAUUUCCAAACUGGGACAGGUGGGCUGAAUGGAAUGGGAAGUAUCGCGAUGACUUGAGAAGUUUUAUUAAGGGGGAUGCUGGUAUGAAAGGGAAUUUCGCUACUCGAGUUGCUGGAUCUGCUGACCUGUACAGAGUCAACAAUCGCAAACCUUAUCACGGCGUGAACUUCAUAAUUGCGCAUGACGGAUUCACACUGUAUGAUCUAGUUUCUUACAACUCCAAGCAUAAUGAUGCUAAUGGAGAAGGGGGCAACGAUGGAAGCAAUGACAACCUCAGUUGGAACUGUGGCUUUGAAGGAGAAACUGAUGAUCCUGGUGUUAAAGCUUUACGUUCUCGGCAGAUGAAGAACUUCCAUCUCGCCUUAAUGAUAUCACAGGGGACGCCAAUGAUGCUAAUGGGAGAUGAGUAUGCACAUACUCGUUAUGGGAACAACAACAGUUAUGGACAUGACACCUCUCUUAACAACUUCCAGUGGAACAAGAUGGAAGCACGAAGGAGUGGUCACUUCAGGUUUUUCUCAGAAACGAUAAAGUUCCGAUUAACACAUGAAAUAUUCCGGCAAGAGAAUUUUCUCAGCAAUAGAGAUAUCACGUGGCAUGAAGACAACUGGGGCAAUCCUGACAGCAAGUUCCUUGCAUUUACGCUUCAUGAUAAGAACGGUGGAGAUAUCUAUCUGGCGUUCAAUGCCCAUCACUAUUUUGUUAAGCUCUCAAUACCAUCCCCUCCAGCAAACAGGCGUUGGCACAGAGUGGUGGACACAAAUCUACAAUCCCCAGAUGACAUUGUGCCUGAAGGCGUAGCCGGUGUUGGAAGCACUUACAACAUAGCUCCAUACGCAUCGAUCCUUCUUCAAGCGAAAUGAAAACAUGUCCGGACUUGACGAUGCAUACUUUGCCAUUGCACCAGUCACCUGGAAUACAAAAAUCCAGUAUGUAUGGAAGGCCAUUGAGUACUCAUGUAUGCCAUUAUCGACCUUCGAGGUUGACGAAUCCUUGGUAGAUCGGCCGGCGGUUCUGGGGCUCCUACUCUGGCUAUGGUAGAUGGUGGAUGCUGGACUGGGUGGUGCGUACGAAUAAAUAGCCUGUUAGUGUUACACCUGACAGGAAGAAAAAAAAAAAGACAUCUUCUCGGGCUGUCCAAUUACCAUCAUUUCAGAGUUCGGUAAAAUAAAACACAUAGACAAUAAUAAGCUGUGGAGAAGUAUGAAUAACGAAUGAUAUCGUUAAAACAGGAAAAAAGUAAAUUAAGCGCAGAACCAUCCUAUAUUGUUUUUAUGUGAAAUACUGAAAUGGUUGAGGUUGUGGGGCUUUCAGCACAAGUUGAACCAUCCUUUUGCGUUGUUGCUGAUACUUCUGUGGACGCAGAUAGGAUGUACGCUUGACCGUAGAGAUCCACUGACCUGUCCCGACCUAAUUCUGAGGGUCAGGUUGGGCCAAUCUAUUUGUAGGGUCGGUUUAAAGUCGGGUCAUUUUUUGGUUAUGUAAGGAUUUGGUCAGAUCAACUUAGCGGAGGGUCAUUUUUUUAUCUUGUGAUCCAUAGCAACAAUUAGCGAUAUGAAAUUCCUCAUACUAACAAAUUUGACUUGUUUGUAAAGUUUUAAAAAUUAAAGUAUUAUAAUGCAAGGUAAUAAACAUAAACAUGCCAAACUGUAAUUUCAGC